CACAAAUAAUGCAAAUACAACAAUACACAAAAAUGAAAACAACACAAUAAGACUAAAUGCAAUGCAGUUUGAGGAGUUUUUAGCAAGCAACACACAGAUGUGCAAAGUGAUGCAUUGAUAGUUGAAACCAUGUAACACAACUUGCAGACAGGAGUGGGGAGGAGAACAGUGUAAUCUGGUGAAUUUGGAAAAAGAGACCCCAUCGGUCAGGCACGCUUCUUGGAACAUUCUCCUGACAGAACAUCUGGAAACAGAGAAUGAGACCGGGCUGUGGCGCAGAUGGGAACAUCAUACGGCAGGUGAUUUUUGCAUCCUUCGCCAAUACUAAUCAACUACAAUAAGAAAACAUCAGCCAGCUGACAUCUCUCAGAACAAGGAAUGAUCCAACCUUGUGGCAUUCUAGAGCCAAAAGGUAUCAUAUCAGCAUGCUAUUUAAGAGCAAUACAGAGAAAUACUUAUUUGUAGUUCACAGAGUGGCAAAAUGAAAACAGAUUCCAGUGGCAAACAUGUUUGUGGUGAGGAGAGCUAUGACUAUACAUGUCAAUACAGUAAGAUAAACAUCUAAAUCCUGUCUGCAUUCAUACCAGCCCGUGUUCGACAUCUUAACUUCCAUCCCGCUUCAUGACAACAACAAAUAAACACAGCUCUGUCCUCACAAGAACCCUGCAGCCGGUUGUGACCUGAACUUCUUAAGGCAACAAUAUGCCUCCUAUGUGUCGAAAGCAGACUUGACCAUUUAGUUGGUAUCCGUCUUUGAUUCAUUUUUAAAUUUUAAAUAAACUAAUUUUUAUUCAUUUAUAUGGACGUUUAAUGCACCUUUUCAUUAAAAUGUUGGACUGUUCUACAAAAGUACACCGUGAUAACUUUUAAAUGACAUCUCUUCUAACCUCUAGGCUACAAAAUAACUCAUAAACGAUUGAUAAAUGGUACUUGGGCCAGUUAAGGACAACUAGGACUUUAUGAAGAAAUCCAAAGAGAUCAGAUUAAUCUAGCUGACUGGGUUGAUGGAUUGCGUUAUUAGCCGUUGGCAUAAACUGUCUUGUGUAAAUUCCAGUGAAAACACAAUUUUACAGACAACUCCUUGUCCAAAAUAAACUAUUAAGUGGCGAAAUCUCCAGUGGCUGCAUUGUUCUAACAAAAUGCAGCAUUCUUGUUGCAUUCACUGUACCAGUUAACCAACACGGUACAUAAAAGAACUGGUAACACUUUACGAAAAGGAUGUAUUUAGUAACAUUAGUAAAUUAAUUAGGUUUCACUUAAUAACAAUGAACAACAUAGUUAGCAUUUAUCAAUCUUUGCCAAUACCAAUUGUAUAUGUUAGUUCAUUGUGCAUGAACAUAUGUUAACAGAUGUUAUCUAAUGUUUUACCAAAUACAACCAUAUUGUAAAGUGUAACCAAAAAACUUCUGAAUCUCUUUUAGGCAACUAAAGAACUGAAUGAUAUUGAGAAGUCUUCCCUAUGCUUCUGUUAAGUGCCUGACGUUUUGAACAUUCUUAAAAGCCACAAGGGUAAUGGAGUUCCUCUCCCAGAGCAAAUUACUGUAGUCAGUGUGUAAUCACCAGAGAAAUGAAAUCCCUCGCCUUCAUUGUUACCAUGGCAAAGAUUACUUGACUGCUUUAACAUUUUCACAGCUGAUGCAGGAAAAGUCUACAUCGCUGGAUUUUCAAUGAAGAAAAAGAAAAAAUAAUCUCUCUCUUUCUGUCCACCUCCUUGCACAUUAUCUCUCUCUCUCUCUCUCUCUCUCUCUCAGUCCCAGCCCCUGAAGGUGUCAUAACUGUGCUCUCUCGCUCUCGCUCUCUAUCACCGCCUUUCAGAUCUUUAAAAGCUGCUGCCUGCCGUCUCUCACUCGUUCUAGGUUUGAAUACUCUGGCGCUGCAGGGGACUCCUGGCUGCCUCACCAUCGCACAGUCACAAAGCAAGGCUGAAAGCAAGCAAAGAAAAGAGGAAAGAGAAACAGACUUCCAGAAAUAGCAUCAGCCACGUACGAGCAUGGAAAAGCUGAGACCCGGACGCAAGAUAUUUCUCCUUUCAAACUUGAUGCCCGUCGUCCUGCUGCUGGUCUUCCACUGUGGAUCCAGGUCCCUGGCAGGUCGUCUAGGGCCCCAUAAAAACUGCCUGACCUGCAAAGAUGGGCAUUACUCGGGUGCGGGUCGGGCCUCCAGGGACCACACCGGCACGGCUGUCCUGACAUUGGGGGAACCCUGCGGGGUGUACACCCUUAGCUGUGCCAAGGGGCUUCGCUGCGUGCCACCUCCAAAGGACCAUAGCCCCCUCCAGGCUUUGCUGCAGGGCAGAGGCUUUUGUGCCAAACAGGGCAAACUGAUCCCGACAGAAAAGCCACAGCCCACAGGGCCAGAUCAUGCACACAGUAGUGACACAGAUAAGGCUCCAUGUCGUAAGCUGCUCAACAGUGUUUUGAGGGGUCUGGAGCUCACCAUUUUCCAGUCUGACCGUGAUAUCUACAUCCCCAAUUGUGACACUCGUGGUUUCUACAGAAAAAAGCAGUGUCGUUCGUCCAAGGGAAUGCAGCGUGGCCACUGCUGGUGCGUGGAUGAGCUGGGCAACAAAGUGCCGCCACGUAUCAGUGAAGACGGUACUUUACCGUGUGAUGGAGAGUGAAGACAGCCCGACAGCUUAGAUCCUGGAGGAAGAGGAGGGUACAGGGAUAGACACUGCCUGACCAGGACACACCAGGGAUAAACCACUUCACAUGGAAAGGUCCCCCACUUAAGUCCAGACCUACAUUCGAAGGUUCACUUCACUGCCAUAAACUCAUUAAGUCCAUAUUUAACAAAAAGUAUAAGCACACAGAACUACUUUGAGUUUAAGUCGUGAUAGGUCAGCAAGCUUUUUAAUUCCUGCCCAACUACUUGUGUGUGUUAGAUAUUUGUGCCUGUGUUCUCUGUUCUAGUUGGGCUGUAAUACUGUUAACAAGACAGGGUGACAAGGUUUUUGAACCUAUCCACUUUUCCACCCCUCUCCCCUUCUCCAACAAUACACUGAUUAAACUAUAGAUCAGAAAAGCUCAUUCUGGAGUAUCAAUAGAUUUCUUUGAAUACUUUUCCUGAGGACUUGGAUUAGUAAUCUCAAAUUGUACAUGUUGUUAUGUAAUUCAGACAUCGAAACGCUCUUUUACGCUCACGUGAUUUGGAAAGUACCCCUUUGUUUUUCGUUGGUAUGACACCCUGAUUGCGAAUGCAUGUUGUGAAUAUAUGUACAUAAGGUUAUUGUGGUCGGUUGUGUUAUGAGGUGGAAUAUUCUUGAAUGCUGAUGGCUGUUACUCUUUUUUGGAAAGUUAUUUUUAUAUAUUUCAAUAUGCUAUUUUAUAUAAAUAUAAAGUGUUGAUUUAUUUAAUGAACUAUAUUGCCAUGUAUUUUUAUAUUGUCAGCAGUUUUUCAUUGUCAAAACAGAGCUUAUUUUAUUUGCUAAUAUAGUAAGUGCCAUGCAUUUGUCACACUUUAAUAGGGGAAAAACAAACACAAAAAACAUGUUUAAACGGCCCUCACAGUACGUUUUUUACAGUAAGCAUAAAUAUAUUAUUUCAACAUUUCUUUCAUUAUUUAUAUUGAUCCUUAAGUGAUGCAACAUAUUACUACAUUGUUUAAUAUUUUAAAUUUCAGAUUUUAUUCUGGUCAAAUGUUACAUUUUUUUUUUCUGUAUUUUUUCGAUUCCCACAAUGCAAAAGUGCACAAAAUAAUGGAUGAUCCAAUGUCCUUCACAUUAAUUCUGUCAUAUCAAUGUGUGUGCCAGUCGAUGUGGGUCCUUGAAACGGAAACAUAAAGUGUGCAAGAACUGAAAAUAAACUGAAACAAAGAAAAAUAAAAGCAUAUGUUAUUAUAAAAUAUGUUUUUAAUAUUUUUUUAUGAACUUGUGGAGGUCCAAUGUAUAAUUUUUUGGAGGAUAUAUUGAUAGAAAUGCAAUAUAAUACACAUAAAAGUAUCUUCAACCUCACCACUAGAUGCCGCUGCAUUUUAUAAACCUGAACUUUAAAUGAAACAAAUGCAAACUGCAGCAUUAAAAGAAGUUACAAGAAUACUAUGAAACCAAACAUAUGGCCAACAUAUGGAAUCGUCCAAGAAACCAUUAUGUUACAUCCAUAUUCACUAAUAAAAUGAUCAAAUUCCAUUCCAUUCCAUUUUCUACCGCUUAUCCGAGCUACCUCGGGUCACGGGGAGCCUGUGCCUAUCUCAGGAGUCAUCGGGCAUCAAGGCAGGAUACACCCUGGAUGGAGUGCCAACCCAUCGCAGGGCACACACACUCACUCAUUCACUCACGCACUCACACACUCACACCCUCACACCCUACGGACAAUUUUUACAGAGAUGCCA